UGAGGUAGCAUGUGUCUGCGGCAGUAAUAAAAGAGGACUUUGGACAAUGGAAAAAGCUGUGUCUGAGGACAGAGGCACAAACUGCAGUCUGAAUCGGAGAGGAAAUGUGGGGCUGCAUACAUCGAUAAGUAUUACGUUUUACCGAGGACAGCCACCAUGAGCAGCACACUUUGGAGAAGCCAGUCCCUGAAGAAUCUCUCUCAGGGGCAAAAGUCAUGGGCGUCGCCAGUGGCAUCCCAGCGGCCCGGAAGAAAGUCUGUCUCGCAACUUGUCCAGCAGUACCAAAGUUGUGUUGAACUGAGAACUGCAGGCAUAGAGGAAAAUGGACUAAAGCUUCAGCUCUGUACAGAUGAGUUCCAGGAUGGCGGUAUGCUGGGUGCUCCAGUGAAGCGCAACCAGGCCCACCUGUGGGAGGACCCCUCCGGUUUCCGAGGAUGGACCACGCUGACCCGGAGCCGCUCCAUGGAGGGGCUGUCCCUGCGUCCGCGUGAGCCAGCAGGCACCAGUGCCCUCCGGGCGCUCUUUGAGUCCAAGAACGCCCUGCAGCAGGACUUCUCCAGCAGCCCCCGGCUCCACACUACACACCCUGUCAAGCAGAGCCCUGCGAAGCCCACGCCAGCCGCCACCAGGGGAGAGCCAGCGGCUGCACGCCACAGCAGUGAAGUCACACCAGCACAGAGCAAUGGCACGCACCAGAGGGUGAAUGCUGCUCAACCAGAGAGGUUGGAGAGGAGGAAAACCAUUGCUGGUGUCCCAGGAUCACUAUUCAAGGAAGAGAGCAGUCCAAGGGAUAGUUUGAGAAGAGCGCCAUUAGACAAAAGAACUGCAUCCUCUGGCAUAACACGGGGCCGGACUACUUCAUCUCUGAGACCCACCCUGCAGUCCGUAAAAGACAGAUCUGCUCUCUACCUGUCAAAAGCAGCAGCUGCAGAAUCACCAGGAACUACCACACAGCAAGGUCGUGUCAUCCAGGAGCACAUUGCGACCUCGGAAAAGAAAACUAAACAAAGCAAGAUGUCUGACCUAACCAAACAGAUAAGAGUAACUGAUGCUAAUGGAGAGGAUGACCUCCCUCCCCCUCCCCCACCACCACCUAGAACUCACAUGGAUGAAUCGACAGCCACUAGAGACGCAAACGUCCUCCCUGUUCCUCCACCCAAAGAGACAUUCUCAACAUUCUACCAGCAGCGGCAGAAAAGUGAACUAAAGAGACUCUUCAAACAUAUUCAUCCAGAUGUGAAGAUGAACUUAGAUGAUGUGAUUGAUGAUGAGAUAGUGAAGGCAAUACACAUAAAUGCUCAAGCUGCUGAUUCAAACUACCAGGGGGAGGUCCAAUCCAUGCGGUGGAUUUUUGAGAACUGGACUCUUGACAACAUUGGGGAUCCUCAUAGCACUAAGAAGCUACUUGAUGAGGAGAACCUCCAGGGAGGGGAUGUCAGAGGCACUUCUUCCAUGUUUGAGCAUGGUGUUUUGGACAUUUCUCAGGCAUCCUCAUCAGCUGACAGUCAAGGCCUGGUCAAGGGAGAUGUUCGCACAGCCACCUGGUUGUUUGAGACAAAGCCCUUGGAUUGCCUUGGCAAAUCCAGCACUGAAGAAGGGGAACUUGUUGAGGCAGUAUUGAAGGAGGCGGUUGUGAAAGGUGAUGUUUCGGGUGCAAGACUCCUGUUUGAAUCCAAGCCCCUAGACGCUUUGGGCCACUGCUGCUCUGUUGAAGAUCACAGUUUCCUUCGGCUUAAGUCAGAAUUCGAAGAACAUAAAGGAGACGUUAAGAAGACAGUGAGGCUUUUUCAGACAGAUCCCCAAUGUGCUCUGAGGGAUAGCAGUGGCAACAUCCACAAGAUUAAAUCCAUCUGCAGGGAGGAGAUACAGAGUAGCAACUUCAACACAGCACGCUGGCUCUUUGAGACUCAACCCCUGGAUGUCAUUAACAAGGACACCUCUGGUAUUCAGAUCAUUCGGGGUAUAUCCCUUGAGGAGGCUCAAAAAGGUGGAGUUGACAAGAAGAGGUGGAUGUUUGAAACACAGCCAUUAGAUGCCAUCUGUGAGGGGGCUGUGGAGGAACAGAAGUUUCAGGGCAUAUCAGAUCUAGAGGGAGUAGCUGAUGUUGGAAUGAAGCAAAAGCUUUUUGAAACACAGCCUUUAGCAGCAAUCAAGGGUGAGACGACAUCAGAGGGAGUUGAAGAGAAAGAAGGGAUUGUUGGAGGAGAUGUUAAAUCUACUCUUUGGCUUUUUGAAACUCAGCCUACAGAGACAGUGAAGGACAGCUAUGAGGUGGGGCGUCUCAAAAGAGUCACAGUUUCUCCAGAUGAAAGGGGAGAAGUGAAAGACAAAAGACAAACAUUUGAGAAGAUGAACAUCAGCAAAGUUAAACUUGACAAAGAUAACAAAGUUGAAGACAUAGAAAAGGGCGAUGUGAAAUCUUUCAAGCAUCUCUUUGAAACCAUCCCUAUCGAUCACAUAUCACAGUCUGAAGACAAACAAUCCGAAAGCCUUGAUAUCACAGCUGGGAAUGUGAAAGGUAAUAAAGCAUUGUUUGAAUCAACACCCCUAUAUGCAAUCAAAGACAGCUCUGGAAAUUUCCACGAAGUAACAACUGUCAGCAGAGAGGAGAUUAUCAAAGCGAAUAUUCAGAAUUACAAAUGGAUGUUUGAGACAAAACCACUCGACACGUUUGAGGAAGGAACAGGGAAAGUAGAGAUUAUCAAAGGCAUAACAAGACAAGAAGAUUCAGGCAGUGAUGUCAGAAUGGCAAAAUGGCUGUUUGAAACUCAACCUCUGGAUGGCAUCCAUUUAAAAUUUAACAAAAAGGAACAGGACUUAUCAUUAGAACAGGAUGAGGUUAAAAAGGGCGAUGUCAAGACAUGCAAGUGGCUAUUCGAGACAAAGCCCAUGGACAUUCUGUAUGAAAAAGUAGAGAAAAAACAAGAGACAGAAACAAUACCCAAGGCAGAUGUCAAAUCGCAAACAUGGCUUUUUGAGACACAGCCUCUGGAUAACAUUAAAGAUGGUGAAGCCCAAAGUCUGAAAUUAUGCAAAACUUUGCAAAAUGAGCUGACCAGUGAUGUCAAAGUGAAAACAGUAAAACACCUCUUUGAGACAGAAACCUUGGACAGAAUCACAAGAAGAACAGACUCAGAGACAGACAUGAGAUAUGUCAGUGAAAUAAACAUCCAGUCAGGGGAUGUCUCACGAGUGAAAGAAAUUUUUGAAUCCCAGUCUCUUGAUGAAAUUGGAUGUGAAAUGUUGAAGGCAAAUACAGAGGAACAGGAUACAGGCAUCCAGGCAGGAUCUGUUCACAAGUUUACUUGGGUUUUUGAGAAUCAACCCAUUAGUGCCAUAAAUGAGAAAGAGGAUGAUACAACAACCAUGAGGACUGUCACUGAUGUGGAAAGUGGUGAUGUUGGAAGCAAGAAGUUCAUAUUUGAAACCUUCUCUCUGGACAAGAUUGAGGACACAGACCAGCUGCUUGGACAUCAGUCAAUGAGUGUGGAAAAGCCUGUGAGUGGUGUGGAUGUGAAGUCAAGCACUAUGUUGUUUGAAUCUCAGCCUCUUUAUGCAAUCAAAGACAAGGAAGGGCAGUUUCAUGAAGUCACCACAGUCAAGAAAGAGGAGGUGUUGAGUGGAGAUGUGCGAGGAGCUCGGUGGAUGUUUGAGACCAAGCCCCUCGAUUCCAUUCAAGCAGACAAAGAAAUUUAUGUAAUUCGAGCUGUGACACAAGAGGAUGUCCUUAAAGGUGAUGUGAAAUCCGCUCGGUGGAGGUUUGAAACCCAGCCCCUGGACUCGCUCACAUCCCAAGAAGGGCCAUCAGUCAAAAUAGUAGAGGACAUCAAUGGCAGCAACAAUGUGCAACUGAGUAAAAAGCUCUUUGAAUCUGACCAGGCAGCUCAGCGGAAGUAUGUGAGGAUGGUCAGUGUCACAGAUGUCCAGCAGGGGGAUGUCCGCACCUCGACCUGGCUCUUUGAGUCUCAGCCGAUUGAUUCACUGAAAGGUGAACCACAAGAGCAGAGUGAAAUGCAAACAGUUCACAGAGAAGAAGUCCAGAAAGGGGAUGUAAAACGGUGCACCUGGUUAUUUGAAUCUAAACCGCUAGAUGAAAUUAAGGACACUGAACACUCAAAUGUUAACGGUGUAGAGCAAGAGCAGGAGCACAUCCCAAAAGCAGAUGUGAAAAGCACCACCUGGAUGUUUGAAACCACCCCACUGGAUAAAAUCACAGUGGAGAGUGUGUCUGAAAACCUUUAUCGCCUCAACCAACUCAGCAUUAUUCACUCAAGUGGGAUCAUCAUCCAAACCCAUGAUACUAAAAAUGUCAACAUGGCCAAAUAUCUACUUGUUCCCGAUGAGGGCCCCAAAGUUCAAAAGGAAGAAACUGUGGAGGGAAAUAUCAGAAACAUCAUGUUACAGCUCCUGUAUAGACCAAACCUGAAGCCUAGAGUUGUUAUCUUACAAGAAGAAGAACAAGGAAAUGUUCAGGCUUCAGUGUUGGAGAUCCCACUUCAUCAACAAUCAGCUCUUCAUGAAGAACAAAAACAGAAAAUGGAAAGGGUCGCUCAAAUCAUUGAGGGUGUCCUUGUUCAAAGCAAGACAACUCAAUCUGGACUGGUGAUGCAAGAAUCUGAGGAUGGGCAACCAGAGAUCACCGUUUACUCAUUCCGUUGCCACAACAGUCUAAAAAUGGAAAGUGUCAACAUCCAAAGGGGAGAUGUCAAAUCCACAAUAGGAAACCUAUUGGCUACUGCCCAAAGCUCAAGAGUGACCGCAUCAUGUAAAUUGGAGGAAAAUGAAAAAGGAAAUGUAGACCUAUACAGAAGUUGCAUUGAAAAGGGAAAUCUGCAGUACCUCAAGAACCUACAAGCAGAACCCUUGGAGGAUGACCUUGAUUCAGUGCCAAAAGAACAGAUUGAAAUUGUCCAGGGGGAUGUAAAGGAGGCCAAGAGACACCUCAAAGAACAAAAGGACAAUGUGGAGAGAACUGUGUUGGAUAUUGUAUCAGGGGAUGUCAAAACCACCAAAAAAGUGUUCUUGAGUAGUUCAACUGGUGUAAACGUUGACCACUGCGUGCCAAAGGAUGAGAUCAUCCCUGGAGAUGUCACAAUUGCCAAACAGCAGCUUGGCGAAGCCGGAAAGCAGCCAUCUCUGGUGCAGAAAGAAGAGAUUGUCUCAGGUGACAUCAAAGCCACGUUGGAGUCUUUGGAGCGGGCCAAACAACAGAGCAUGCAUGUGGAGCGGGAGGUCAUUACUCCUGGAACCAUCUAUGAUCUGGAUGUGUCUUCACAAGAGUCAGAAGUUGACGAAAGACAGAAUUACAAGGAGAUAAUACUUUCAGGGGACAUCAAGGCAGCAAAACAGUCCCUGGAAGAAGCAAAAAGUAGGAGCAUGAGAGUAGAGCGUGAAGCUGUUGUUCCAGGGAAAAUAUUUGACCUCAAUGCAGCAUCCUUGCAGGAGGGCCUCUCAGCAAUGAAGACUUCAGCCUCAACCACGAGUAGCCCACGGAUUACGACAACAUUUCGCAAGGUCAGUGCCUCAGAAAUGUAUCAGGGAACCAAUGAAAAAUGUGAAGCUUUUCGUCAGAGUGAAGUGGGAAGGAUGUCAGAUGUAAAUGCUAGCGCAGUGGAAACUAAUUCAAAAGGUGCCAGUGUCUCUUACAUUCCUUACAUAAUGUCAGAGAGUGAAGCCAUGAAUCAAGAGCAAGAGACAGCUGAGGAGGUUGUUAAAGGGGAUGUGAAGGCUGCCAUCCAGGCAUUGUAUAGUGCUGCUAAUGAACAGAGAUCCACAGACAAAGAAGAGAUUGUGAAAGGUGAUAUGCAAGCAGCACUACAGUCACUUCAGAAGUCUAGUGUUAAUGUGUCCCAAGGGGAUUAUAAAGCAGCAAUGAUUUAUAGGAAAGCAGGGCAAUUUUACUCAGAGGGCAGAAAGAAAAAAGACUCAGGGACUGUGUACAAGCAGAAUGUAAUGUCUGUGCCUCCAUCUGACACUGAAUUGUCCCCUUCGGUUUCAGUAACCUACAAGGAGCAUCAGUCCCCGGCACCAAAGAAUUCAGCACCUGUCGUUAGUUCCAGCCCAGCGGAAAGUUCUAGAGCUUCCAUCCCCUCUCCUUUGAUAAAUGAAGGUCUGAUUCCGCCACCCCUUCCUCCAAAGACCUGUGAUCAACUUAAAGAGUUAAAACCAGCCCUGCCACCAAAGCCACAGUGGCAUACCAUAUCUCCUACUGAAUCCAAUAACAACAACAGUGACGCCCCUUACAUUCCGGCCAUCCCUCCCAAAAUGAAAAUGGGAAAAUCAACUCCUCCACCUUUACCACAAAGGACUGCUUUCAUCAAGAAUGAAGAUUCACACCACUUGCAUGCCGUAAAAGAGACAGAGAUGCAACAGUUGACCAAUACAACAGAACACCGAAUUGCCAAAAAGACAAAGCAAUGCACUGAAAGAUGGGAACAGGAAAAAACAAUUGAAGCUCUCUCAGAUAAUACCACAGCCAGCAAACACACUACAGCUCAAAGUGCUGCUGAGAUGGAGAGAAAUGUUGUACAAAAGAUAAAUGCUGCAGAGGAGAUCCGCUUGUGUAUGCAGACUUACUCUACAGACAGUGAGGCCAAAAACGAACUGAAUAUGGGCUUCAAAGUCGCCCUUCAAAACUUUGGGGGAAGGAAAAAGGGAGCUGAGGUGGAUGAAACUGCAAAAUUGACAAAGAAAGCCAAAGCUGUCAGAGAGACAGAACCUGCUGGCAUUUCCCAUGGAUGUGCUUUAAAUACACAGGGCAACACCCUGACAGGGAGUGUCAGCCCACCGCCUGUCUCCCCCGAGCCUCAAAGGGACGAUCAUUCUAACACCACUGUCAUCUUAAGGGAAAAACGAGGGAGGAGAGAAACUGAAGAUGAACGGCGCCAAAGGUUAUCUGUGCACAGGGAUGAAAUCAUGAGGGGCAAUGUGAAAGCAACAAUGGAGAUUUUUGAAAAUCUCAGAAAACGGGAGGAACUAAAGACAAUCCUUUGCCAAGUUCAGGAAAUGGAGGGAGACACAAGUGAAGUAGAUGUUAAAUAUUUGAGGACUCUUUAUGAGAAUGUGCCCUCUUGGGUAGUAAGACAAAGUAAAGUUCAAAGGCAUAGUAAUUCUACAUGUGUAAAGAAUGUUGAUGCAGAGACAGAAUCACUGAGGGAUGAAACUGACAGUGUGUCCUCAGUUGAGGCAGCAUUUGAAGAUCUGGAAAAAGCAAGUAUAGAUAUAAUAUGUUUAAAAGAGCAGACCUUAGUAAAACUUUUGGAAAUAGAAGAGGCAAUAAAAAAGGCUUUGUACUCGGUGUCAAACUUGAAAUCUGAGGCAGAUAUCAUGGGAUUAUCAGGACUUUUUAAUGAAUCCCUGAACACAGAGCAAUGCUCCCAGAACACGAACAACAUCAGGAAAAUUAGUAUUGUCACUAGCAAAGCAAAAACAGAUCAAAGGAAAUCAGAACAAGAGGUCGCCAAAGGAAAAACGAAAGUUGAGGACGUUCAAAGGGAAGUGCCAUUGAAAAAGCCAGAGGUUCUUCAUCCAAAACCAUUCCCAAACCCCCCCUCCUCUCCAUCAUUCAUCUCCAUUCACUCAGCUGCAAGAAAACCUGCAGGGGCACCCAAGUCACCUCCCCCUCAACCCCCACAGUCUACUAACAAUGCAGAGAGCAGGGCUCCAAGUUCCAAUGGUUAUCACAGUCCCAAUGGUGAUCUGAAUCAAUCCUGUGAAACAAAGGUAGCAAACCACUUUUAUAGUCCAAAAACCCCCAAACGAAAAGUCAGCAUACUAGAAGUGCAAACACUGCCAGAGCCAGAGCCAGUAGCCGGAAUCAUUGGAACGAAGACAGUCAGCGAAACAUAUGAAGAGAGAGACUGCUUUGGCAAUUCAUUCGUCUCUUCCACUACAUCAACCUUUGUCACAAAAGAGACCAAAGCCUCUUCUUCUCGCGAGGUUCUGACCAAUCCAAACAAAUCAGUUCAAGUGAUUGCAUCCCCUCUAAUGCACAGGUCUGAUCGCACAUUUGCAGAAAGGAAACAGUCUCAUGUUAAAGACAAUAGCAAAGUGUUUGUUACAUUUGGCCAUACCAAAACAGGAAAACAUUAACAGGCAUCUCCCUUAAUGCAUAUAAGAGUUCCUUUGUUUAUAUUGUUACCUCUUAUAUGAGGCCAAUUUAUUCAUAAAUGUGUCUUUUUUGGAGAACUUAACUAAACAUAGUACUUAUCAUUCUUAUUAUUGUCUAUCCUUAGAAUGACUUUGUAUGUUUUUAAAAAAGAAUUUUUUCAAAGUUUAAUGUAGAUUAUUUUAUACAGUAUUGUUAAUAAAUUGUCUGUAUUGUUUGUUUAAUAUGACUGUGUGUAUGAUAUAUUCAUAUCAUUGUUAAAUAAAAUAACUCAAUGUUUUCA